AUCCAGGAAGGGCACGGGCGCCCCCAACCUUGUGCCAGGAAGCUGGGCGUAUUGAGCGUCGCCUGUGCACCGAGAGGAGCCGCACGUUCUCUCGGUCGGUCCCGACGGCAGCACUUCCAGGUAGUAAAUUCCUCUAGAGGAGGAAACUAAGACUCAGAUGAUGGGAUACGUCCAAAUCCCACACAGCUGGGAUUUGAACCCAUGGCAAUCGGACUCCAAAGGGUUUUUUCUUGGAGUGUGGAGCAGACCAAUCUUCUCUUGUCUUUUAAGUGCACAAGUGCUGGGUCUCCACAAGGUAAAAAGGUCAUCCUCGGUAAUGACCUAGGACUGACUUUCCUAAUAGGCCCCCCAAUAGCACCUGGAGCAUUAUAGUUUAGGAGGAUUGCAAGAGCAUCGUGAAGAGCAUGAGGCAGUGGCCUUAGGGGUGGAUGGCUUAGGAACAAAGUGGUUAGGGGAAUGGACUGGGGGCUACCGCUUCUAAAUUGGGGAUUUGUGGUCUUCAAAGAGGACUCCGAAGUCGCUCAAGGUAGUUAAAUAAUUUUCAUGAGUUGAGAUUGAUCAGCCUUAAGAAGACCACUGCGACCAGGGCGAGUGGCAGAGGCUGAAGGGGCGAGUAGUGGACUUUUUCAGGGCGGGACGCCAUUAGGCUUGCUGUGCGCCUUACCACACUCAAACAUUUUGUCCAGGUGAAACCUCAUAAUUAUUAUAGUCAACAUUGGUUGAACUCUGUGUGCAGGGCAGUGUUCCAAGUACUUUACUUAAUCCUCACAAACAAGUCCAUGAAGUAGGUCAGAUUAGUCCCGUUUUACAGGCCAGGAAAAUGAGGCACAAAGAUCCCAGAGCUACCUCUGUGGCUGCAUUGGUUUGGAGCCAUGGCAGUCUGGCUACAGCCCAUUCCCAUCCCUACAUGAAGCUGCACUGAACACGUGGGAACAUCAUCGGCCCUGGAGGUGAAGAGCUGGUAGCAAUGGCACAGAGGUGCAAGCCAAGGCAGGGCAGCCUGUGUCUUUUUCUUGGUGAAGGCAGAUGUGAUGGAAAAACAAAACAAGAAAAUAAACCAAGCCAAGUUCCCAGAAGGACUCACAGCUUUUAAUACAUUUCCUAAGAACAUUUAAAACACACCUACCGCCUGGUGCAGUGGCACACGCUUUUGAUCCCAGCAACUCAGGAGGCUGAGCCUGGGGUGUGAUGGGCAGAGGUUCUGAGUGGCCACGCCUGGCUGGCUGCAGCAUCCUUCAGAAUGCUUUUUCCCACUCCCGCCUCCCAUCCAGCUGCAGCCCAGGGCCUUCUGCCCCAGUUCUCCUGGAAUGAGGUGGGUAAAACCCUGUUGUGGUACAACCAUGCUCAACACUGGCUUUGGGUCUGACCCUAACUGGGAGCUUGUCAUCUCCCUGUUCUGUACCAGAGAGAGGCCAGAAGGUGUAGGGAGACUGAUGAAGAGAAGGAUUUGUUUGUACAUGGCCCAUCUAGUGGUAGAGAUCAAAGCCUGUAAAGAUGGCUCCCAUCCUCUGGGGUGGUAGAAUUUUCUGUCUACAGGUCUCAAGCCUCAUCCCCUAUGUGGGGAGGCUGGAGCGGGGGUCACACCACCACCGUUUCAUGGCUGAAAGGCACAGAUCUGCUCGCAUUGUAAUCCUGGAGUUUUAGAAUGGAAGAUCUGGGAUCCCCUUGGGUUUUAAGUGCAGAAACAGAUCCAGGAAAGGAUGGCUCCUUCCCCCUCCAAGGUCACUCAAGUUAGAUGGGCCUAGAACCACAUUUUCCAGACUCUCUGUCAUUAUUCUGUCCCCAAACUUUCAAAGAGUGAUGAGGCAUGACAGGUACCUGUGAAGUGCAGAAAUCUAUGCUGGGUGCUGGGAUGCAAAGACGGUUGUCCUCACAAGCUUUCCUCACACUCCAGGUCCACGUGCAGAAGCUGGAAAAUGACGGCUGUACCCAAGGCUGCAAAACUUGAUAAGGUGUCCACUUCAUUUCACCUUCCAGGGUUGAGGAACCUCUGUCUGAAGAAACACACCAAGGUCCAGGGGUAGAUCUACCUUAGAACGAUCAAAGACAGGAGGGAAGCAAAAGAAGGGGGUCAAUGGGCACACCCCAGACUCCCAGAAAUGCCCAAAGGCCCCAGCCAGAAAUGGGUGUCUGCUGCCCUCUAGUGGAGGAAAGGGCAGCCCCUGGAGCGACCUGCCGGGCCCCUCCAACCUGGCUCCCCUCAAGACCAGGAGAUGCCCAUCUGCCCCUGCCUCCUUGCUUUUCUUUUUCUUUCUUUUUUCUUCCUUUCCUUUCCUUUUAAAAUUUCCUUUACUUUCUCCUCUCUUUCUCCCUCCCUCCCUUUCCAAUGCUGGGCAUGGAACCCAGGGCCUGACCUGUGCUAGCUUUAGUGCUCUACCACUGAGCUACCCCGCCACUGGCCCCAGAGUCUCCAGCUUCUUCUCUGCAGCCUUGAAAGCUGAACCUUCUCUCUCCUUUCAAGCACCCCUGGUCACGCCACUUCCCAACUCAGACCCUCCAUCCCAUCAUCUUCCUAUUUACCUUUGUUGCCUAGGUUUCAAUUCUGGUACCCUGGUUCCUGGCCCUUCCAGAGUUCUGGUUCCGGAAGGCCUUUCCCAGGUGCCUUGGGCAUAGCUCCCACCCGGGUACAAGGCAGCGCUAAAGAUAUGGGCAAGAGCAUCCCCGAGUACCUGGGGCAACUGGACAUCCGCAAAAGUAUAGUGGGCCUGGCCACAGGUGCCACAGCCAUCUACCUGCUCUACAAGGCCAUCAGGGCUGGCCUAAAAUGCCAGCCACCUCUCUGCUCCAAUUCGCCCAUCUGCAUCGCCCGUGAGUGUCCAGUCCCUGGGGAGAGGGCUCCGCCCCAGGAGGCACCUGCUUCUGAGGCCUCCCCUGUAGAAAGGCCCAAAGGCCUGGCCAUCGAGCGAGAGCGCCAUGGGCGGGACUCGGGUGAGCUCCGGAGACUCCUCAACUCUCUGGAGUGCAAGCACGAUGAGUACACCAGGAGCAUGAUCCUGCACAGCAUCACUCGCUGUGUGUACUUGCUGGAGGCCGAGGCCUCUGCUUGUACUAAUGAUGAUAUCAAGUUGGUGGCUGACAUGCUGGAAGACACGGACACCAGUGUCAAAAUCCAAGCUCUGAAUGCACUUAAAGCUUUCUCUGGCAUCCGGAAAUUCAGGCUUAAAAUCCAGGAACACUCCAUCAAAGUGCUAGAACUGGUCUCUACCAUCUGGGACUCGGAGCUUCACAUUUCUGGCCUCAGACUCCUCAACAACCUUCCGCUGCCUGACUAUGUGCAUCCCCAGCUGCGGCGGGUGAUGCCUGCCCUGAUGGAAAUCCUGCAGUCAGACUGUAACAUGGCACAGAUACAAGCCCUGCGACUGAUGAGCUACCUGGCACAGAAGAAUGACCUUCUCUAUGACAUUCUCAACUGCCAGGUGCACUCCGACUUCCUGAACCUGUUCCAGUCCACACAGCCAGGAAAUCUGCUGUUUGAGGUACUGGUGUUCGCUGAGCGGCUGAGUGAGGGCCGGAAUGCAUCCCACUACCGAGCUGUGAAAUGGCAUUACAAUGAACAGUCCUUGCAUGAAGCCCUCUUUGGGGACGAGUCACGACUGGCAGACCGGCUGCUUUCCCUGGUCAUCCACCCGGAGGAAGAGGUUCAGAUCCAGGCCUGCAAGGUCAUAGUCAGCCUGCAGUGUCCCCAGGAUGUGGCAGCCCGGCCCUCCUCCUUUCAUCCCAGUCAUUCCUUCUCUAAAAGUGGGGAAUAAAAUUAAGGAGAAUCAAUAAAUGAGUAUGGGAGAGAAGCUUGGGGGCUUCUUGGAGCUUGAUUUUCUGUCUGUGGACUUCCAGGGCUGGGUGGAGAUUUCACUCAGUGUGACCUCUGCUCCAGGGGAUGGUACGACCUGGGCAAAUCUCUCCAAACACAGCUCCGCCAUGUUUAGGAGACUGACUCUUGCUGCUUUUCAAAUCUGAAUAUGGAGCCAAGUACUUUCAGGAAGUUGGGAGAAGGUGGGUGCUAUGAUUUGGGUUCAUAUGUUGGAGUUGGAUCCAGAGUGAUGGUAUUGGGAGAUGGUGUGGACCUUAAAGACAUGGGAUCUCAUGGGGGGUUCUCAGGUCAUUGAAGGUAUGCCCUCAGAAGGGGUUGGAGGACCCCAGUCUUUGUCUUCUUGUUUGGCAAUGUGAUACUUCCUUACACAUGCGCUUCCGCCAUGAUGUGACCCCCAUCUGUUGUUAGAUCCUCCUCAGAGGCUGAAUCAGGGGGACCUGACUUGAUUUUGGACUUUGAAUCUCUAAAACUUUGAGCUAAUAAAUCUCUUUUCUUCAUAA